AUGUCGCCGUCGGAGCCGACGCGGGAGGAGAGCGUGUACAUGGCCAAGCUGGCGGAGCAGGCGGAGCGGUACGAGGAGAUGGUCGAGUUCAUGGAGCGCGUGGCGCGCUCCGCGGGCGGCGCCGGCGGCGGGGAGGAGCUCUCCGUGGAGGAGCGCAACCUGCUGUCCGUCGCCUACAAGAACGUCAUCGGCGCCCGCAGGGCGUCGUGGCGGAUCAUCUCCUCCAUCGAGCAGAAGGAGGAGGGCCGCGGGAACGAGGCGCACGCGGCCUCCAUCCGCGCCUACCGCUCCAAGAUCGAGGCCGAGCUCGCCCGCAUCUGCGACGGCAUCCUCGCGCUGCUCGACUCCCACCUCGUCCCGUCCGCCGGCGCCGCCGAGUCCAAGGUCUUCUACCUCAAGAUGAAGGGCGACUACCACAGGUACCUUGCUGAGUUCAAGUCAGGUGCGGAGAGGAAGGAUGCUGCGGAGAGUACCAUGAAUGCUUACAAAGCUGCUCAGGAUAUUGCUCUUGCUGAUCUGGCCCCAACCCACCCCAUCAGGCUUGGGCUGGCACUCAACUUCUCAGUGUUCUACUAUGAGAUCCUGAACUCCCCUGAUCGUGCUUGCAACCUUGCAAAACAGGCUUUUGAUGAGGCAAUCUCUGAGCUGGACAGCCUGGGAGAGGAGUCCUACAAGGACAGCACUCUGAUCAUGCAGCUCCUGCGUGACAACUUGACCCUAUGGACUUCCGACACCAACGAGGAUGGCGGUGACGAGAUCAAGGAAGCUGCUGCCCCGAAAGAAUCCGCAGAGGGUCAGUAA